AUGCUUAUACAUCUGGCAUUUGUAGCAUUGCUGAAGGUUAGCCGCCUUAUUGUAGAUCUCGCACGCGUGCUGCUCUCCGUGGAUCACGAGUCCACGGAUGAUGGCGAGAUUGGCAGUCCGUUCGUCGUCGAACAUGACGACGAGCCAUCCCAUAUACGUGAUGUUGAAGGACAGAUGGGUGAAGAUGGAGGCGUUUUGUGA